ACCAAUCAAAUGCGAGAUCGGGUCCCACAUGACGACGGUUUCCGCUUUGUGCAUGACAUCAGUCUCACAUGACUCGGACUCCAUAUGAAGCCAAACCCACCGCCGACUUGCUCACACAGCCCUUAGAGCACGGAGCAGACAAAGGAAAGGGGUUAUUAUCAUCUGUUGAAGAAACCACCAUAUAACUUCAGAAUGUAUGCAGCUGUGUUGGUGGCAUGCCUCGUAGCAGUUACUCAAGCACUGCCACAGAGUGUCCAGAUGUUUGAGAUUGCACCUGCUAAAAAAGCUCCAGUCAAGCUGAGAUAUGACCCUUAUGAAGAAACCUGGGCUGCCUUUAAACAGAAGCAUGGAAAAACUUACUCCACUGGUGAGGAAGAGAUUGAUCGCAUGAAGAUUUUCCUGGACAAUGUGAAGCUCAUUGAACAGCACAACUGGGAAUACUUUAACAUGAAAAAGUCCUAUUACAUGGACAUCAACCAGUUCACAGACAUGACUUUUGAAGAGUACAAGAAGUACAACCGCCUGCAGGCCCGCGAUUCAUCAAGAAAUGCCACCAUCCAGUGCACCCAGUUCCAGCCUCCACUGAACUGGCUCACACCUGCAGAGGUUGACUGGCGCAAAGAAGGCUAUGUCACACCUGUCAAGAACCAGGGACAGUGUGGUUCCUGUUGGUCUUUCUCCACUACCGGUUCCAUGGAGGGUCAACACUUCCGCCUGUCCAAAAAACUGGACUCCCUGUCAGAACAGCAGCUGGUGGACUGCUCUGGAAAGUUUGGCAACCAAGGUUGUGAUGGUGGACUCAUGGACCAGGCCUUUGAGUACAUCAACAGUGUAGGAGGGCUGGAAUCAGAAUCUGAUUACCCCUACGAAGCUGUGCAACAUAAAUGCAGCUUCAAAAAAAAAGAGAUUGUGACAGAGACCUAUGUCAAAGGCUGUCAAGACAUUCAGUCAGGAAGUGAGAGUGACCUCAUGCAGGCCGUGGCAAGCCAAGGACCCAUCUCUGUCGCUAUUGAUGCAGGGCAUCCGUCUUUCCAGAGCUACAGUGGAGGAGUCUAUGAUGAACCAGGGUGCAGCUCGUCAGAGUUGGACCAUGGUGUUCUUGUAGUUGGCUAUGGGAGUUCCAGUGGCCAGGAAUACUGGCUCGUGAAGAACAGCUGGGGAACAUCUUGGGGUGAUGAAGGCUACAUCAUGAUGGCCCGCAAUAAGGAUAACCAGUGUGGUAUUGCAACAGCUGCAAGUUUUCCACAGUUAAGCAGCAGUUGAUGCAGUUGCCUUGAGUGCUGCUCACCGCAAAGUAAACUUGAAGAUUGUGAUAAGAGCUGAGGCUGAAUGGAUAACAGACUUGGAGCUUUUCUUCUUAUGUGCCAUUUUUUGCACUUUUUUGAAACUUAAGAUUAGAAGGGAGAACUCAUAUGUUUACUUGUAUGGGUUAAGGAAAAACUUUUAGUAUGGGGAGAAAUAUAACAAAUCAUUCCAUUUGUUAAGCUGCUCAGCUUUCAACCCUUUAGGGAGAUCAGAUGCCAUAUUUGAUUGUGACCUGUUUCACACAUCUGUUAAUUGUCCCGAAGAUAGACUUGAUCUACAUUUUUUUUCUUCGUAGUAUUUCAGUCUGAUCACCAGUACCUAGGCACAUCCCUUGCAUUUUCUUUGACAUUUUAUUUUGUCUUUAAAUUGUACAUAAUGAUUUAUGCACAAUUUUCAAAAUGAUAGGAAACUUGGGCAACUCAUUGGAUGUCAAAAACACAGAUAAACCUUUAUUUUGAAGAAAUUGUAAGAGACAUUACUUCAGAUCUGAUUGUGCACCUCUUAAGUUUAAAAAAAAAUAUCAAAGUUGUGAUGAGCUAUUUUUGUCAUACUGGUUUCAAUACAUAACCAAUGAUAUCACAAUAGUUUAGUUUGUUUUUGCACAUCUAUGAUGUUUCAAAUGGUGUCUGAAACAAGCUAAUGUGAGCUUCAGUGAAAUAAUUGUGAAGAAAAUGUGUGGUUGCAAGUGAGUGUGAUAAUUUGUUCUGUUUCAGACAAAUCCUUGUUGUGGUGUGAUGUGAUGAAAGUCUUUUAAUAAAGAAUUUUUUGGAAAGGUU